AUCUCUUCAUCUUCCCUUCCAUUACUCUCUCUCACUAAAACCAAACACCUCUCCCUCUCGAUUUCGAUUUCGAUUUCGAUUUCGAGAUCUCAAUCGAUAUGAAGAAGCUCAUCAGAAGAUUAUCCAAAGUCGGCGACUCGUCGCAGUACUGGCUGCUCAGGUCGCAAUCGAAAUCCGAGUCGCUGCGGAAGCGCUCGUCCUCCGGCGGCGUUCCGGAGGGGCACCUGCCGGUGUACGUGGGCGACGAGAUGGAGCGGUUCGUGGUGAGCGCGGAGCUGUUGAAUCACCCGAUCUUCGUGAUGCUGCUGAAUAAAUCGGCGCAGGAGUACGGGUACGAGCAGAAAGGCGUGCUGCGCAUCCCCUGCCACGUCUUCACCUUCGAGCGCGUGCUCGAGGCGCUCCGCAUAGGCGUCGCCGACGCGCAGGACCUUCUCAAUUCGCUCACCGAUCACUUGUAGCGCCACCAAUUUUUCCUUUUUCUCUCUGCCUUCUGGAUUGUAUAUAGCUUUGCGGAGAGGCUAGGGUUUUGUUCAAUAGAAAGUUAUGACGGAAAAAUAGGAUUAAUUAAACGUAUAUUUCUUCA